AUGCCAUACGAAAGGGCUGUGAUAUACGCUGCGCUUAUGUCUGACUUCGUUGCACACUGCAAGAAGAGCCUGCGGGAGCUCCUCAGCGGUCCCGCUGAAUCUGAGCUUGCCAACGUGCGGAUCCGAACAAAGGAGGGCACGGAACUCAUCUGCGUCACCCAGACCGAGUACAUCUUCGUGGUGGUCCAAAACUGCACCGGCAAGCCUUGGCAGCAGGCCAGGGCAUCAUGCACUUCGCAGUUUGCAUGA